AUGUACACAGCCGUGCACCAGCAGUUUCAGCAGCACCAGCACUAUUACGAGUACCAGCGGCUGGACUCGGCAUCAGCGUCAUCCGAAAGCGACGACAUCGACGAUAUUCUGAGUAGCUUGUGGCCCACAACUCGAGACGAGGCAGCGCGGGCGCCGCUGGCGUUAGCAGCACAUGGCAUCAGCAGCAAGGCGGUGCAUGGAGGCAUGGCGCAGUGGAACAGCGGGCAGUGUACGCCGCCUGAUGACCACUCUGGCACGCGGGAGUUCCCCGGACAUGCAGCUGGUAACUACUCAGUAUACACACCUGUAUCAUGCAGCAUCCAAAUUGGUGACCCCGAGUGGCGCGUGGACUCGCCGCCGGCAGUGCCGCCAGGCCUGGUGCCUACGGUCGAGCCGAUUUCUCCACCAACUUACUGCGGCUACGCUGCAGAACCAGUCGUACAGCAGAUCUAUGAGGGCAGGGCGUCACUAGGCCUAGGGAACGGGCAACCGGCCAACCGAAGUGCGUCAUCGCUGGGUCUAUUCCGCAACAGUAGGACUCAUAUGCAGCAGAGGUCGGCAGCCUCGCGUGUCCUGACUCCUGAGGAGAGGAGUCGCGAGACUUCAGUCCAGAAUGCUGACCUGAAGCGCCAUCUGCAGGCUUCAACUAUGAAGCAGCAGCAGCAGCAGCAGCAGCAGCAACACAAGCCAGAUGAGGCCAGGAAGCCCACGUUUGCAGAUGACCAGCGGCGGCGGCAGAUAUACCAACAGCGGCACGCAUACGGCAGUAGCAGCAGCAACAAUCACGACUCCACAGAGGAGCAACAACACGAUGAAGAAAGGCUAUUGCGCGGGCCAUUUGGUAUCCAGCCACGGCGGCCGGCCAGCAGCAGUGAGCAGUGGACAGGUGCGACUGUGCGCGAUAUGAGCAGCCUGGGCUCGCAGUUUGGUGGACCUGGCCGGAAUGCUCGCGGCGGGUGUGCGUCUGGCGGAUGCUGCGGAUAA